AUAUCUAGGUAUCACUUAAACAUCUGUCAAGUGCCAGUCGUUGGGUUGUGUAUUAAUUCCUAACGUAAACUUAAGUAAUCUAUUGUAUCGUGUACAGUCAAAGAAUAGGGGGUUUAAAGGGGCAUCCAAAUAUGCAGCUAGAAUUAAAUCAUCAAUAGUGUGGCAUAAUACCUUCGUAUCAAACUCUUUGUCACUACAUAUUAGAACAUUUAAAUGAACAGUUGAGUAUUUUUCCUCGUCGGAUUGAAUACCAUAAUCUCUGACCGCCUUGCCAUUGACGAUAACACUGUGAAAGAUUUAGAGUGUUCCGCCGAGCCGCGCUAUAUCUAUUCACGCCGCCAGCGAGAUAAACAGAGCUCUAGAAGCUAGUCCUUUUUUAUGUACAUAAAAGGGUUCUAAUUGAAAACUAUGUAGAAAGUCUGUGGCGUUUCUGUCGGCGGCGUAAGACCACGGAAUCCCCCGGCCUGUCUACCUGUUUACCUUCCUACCUGUGUGCCACUUACGAUCAAUACACUUCAGCCGAAAAUCAAUUCUGUGGAGUUUACUUUAAAACGGUAAAAAGUGACCUAUCAGUUAUUGUACUGACGGGCACCUGUUAGGGACCCGGUCAACAGACAUGGAGAGGGGAGACAAGGCGCGGAUCUAAAGGGUGGAGAUGACGACGUAGACGAUGGCGACGAGUGACGAGGAGAUAGAGGAGGUGAUAGAUGACGCCUCCGUUGUCUCCGGAGACGACCCGACUUUGUUUGAAGAAGUCGAUAUCGAAGUUGCUUUUGAAGGGGACGUAGAAAACAGCGAAGAUGAAAGCGCAGUGAGGACUAAGAAGAAAAAAUUGACGUCACACACUCUAGCCGUGGAUCGAAAUGUUGAUCAGAGUGAAGAAGAAGAUAAUAUAGAAACCGAGAAAGAUUCCCGACGUAACUCACGUAGAAAAGGGUCGGGUAAGAACGGAGACACGGAUUUAACCGACGGUCAACAACAGAGCAACAAAGAAAGUGAAGAAGUUUCUUCCAAUUUGGUGAAUGAGGAUAAAUUAGAGAAACCUGCUGAAAACAAAGUUCGCAUCAUCAUAGAGCAGUGCGAGACGCCAGCGAAGGAAGAUGAUGACGAAGGCAAGACAAAUGACUUACCCAGAGAGGAAAAAGCUAAAGUUGAACAGCCGAAAGUGAAAUGGCAUCAGAGAUAUGCCCAGCAGAAAAGGAGAAAGUGGAUAUGGCCUCGAAAAAAGAGAGAAGACAACGAAGAGGAAGAAGAGGGGUGUGUGGAUGAUAGGGAAGACGGAGGAGUAAAUCAGGCGGGGGUGAAGAGAGAGGACGAGGAGGCAAAGGUAGAGGAAAUUAGAGGAGUAAGACAGGCCAAGAAAGAGGAGGCAGAGGAAGAAGAAGAGGAAGACACAGAGAUGACUCAGGAGGAGAAAGAGGACAUGUAUAAUGCUGUCAGGAAUGGCGAAUACCUCCUCUUCCAAGAUCUGCUGGACAAGAAGAACGCCGAUAUUAACAUGCUCUGGUACAGAGAAAAUUUGCUGAUGGUAGCGAUGCGCGCGCAGCAGAUAGAAAUGGUAGAAUUCUUAAUUGACAAUGGCAUUGACUACAACUACGAGACAACACUUUGGGAUUUGAAAGAUCGAGAGAAGACGGGUAAACGCUUCUUUCAGUACAAACUGUCGUGUCGACAAAUGGCUUAUGAACUGGAUCUUCUGAACGUAGUUGAAAUGAUUGACGUUAAAAACAACCAAAUUCACAAGUACUACAAAGUAACGCAUCGUUUACCACGCAUGCGCCGUCCUCCUGCUCCCACGCCGCCAUGUUUGAUGUACAGUGACGAGGAUGAGGAGGAUGAGGCGGAACUUUUGGCGGGAGGAGAUAGCGAUCUGUUAUCGAGUACUUCCCAGCUGGCGGAAACUAGCGAAUCCAAAACAGAGCAAGGUCAAUCAAAAACGGAGGUCAAUGAAGACAAAAGUGCAGAGAGGAGGGGUGAACUUACGGAAGAGCGAGUUGCUGAAUUGGAAAUCACGGAUGACGUAUACGAGAUGACCUCCCCUUGUCCUAACAGUGUGGUAUUCAACAAAUACGAAUUAGUCGAGGAAAGACCUGGCCUUCUCCGACGCGGAACGAAGUCAUCAAUUGGACUACAACAAUACAAUGACAUCAAAUACAGACGUCGUGCUUAUUCGAAAAGUGCGCACGCCACAAGUGUUGUUGAUACAGUAGGGAGUUAUGCUUGGGAAAGCAGACGUUGGCGACCACUCAAAAGUGCUUCUGUUGAUAAACAGUCGGAGCAGAGCAUUCCUUUCGUUGCCCGGAUGUCUUCUUGUCAAGCACACGCGAAAUCACAGACUUCACAUUCGACUUCACAACCCUCACGAAAACAGAGAUAUUCUCGGCCUAGGCCUCUAUCCUCGCCAGCCUCGUUUUCCGUAGAAAUUCAAAACAUCUUGGGACAGAGUCGUUUGCUUCGGACAGAACCAGCUCUACCGUAUAUCAAACCUCCAAACCGAAGCUCGCGAUCACAGUCUGCUAAAGCAAUAACUCCAUGGUGUCACAGUAAUUCAGCUGCUGUUUUUGAACGAUUAUCAAACACCAAAAUACAUAAUAAGAUACAAAAUCCCAGAUUUUCUGUUAACAGACAAAUAAGUUUACGGACGAAUCGCUAAAUGUAUAAAUGCAUUAUCUAAAAAUGUGUACCCUUGAAAUCUUGAUUUUGAGGGAUGAAUGAUUACUUUUGUAUACUUCUGCCUUUUCUGUUGUGAUUUUGUAUGUAUGGCGAUAUCAUUCAAAGUGAUUAAUACGCUAUGUAAAAUAUUAUAAUUUUUCACGGUGCUACUUAAGCUAUUAAUCCAGAGCUAUAUUUGAUUAAUAUUAUGCACAUGUUUUGUAGAACAAUAAAAGUACUUAUUAUUAAAAAAAACAUUAAGUGUUCACAAAACCA